UGUCAGAAAACGCAGUCAGCCAUUGACGACGUAUUUAGACAAUUAGAUGAAGCGGCUGCAGAAGCAACAAUAGAACAACAAAACACUGGUUGGUGCAAUUACAAAAUGAAAGGUAGCAGAAAAACGCUCGUUAAAAUACAGCACGACAUGAUCUUGGAGAGGGAUACGUAUGAUCAAGUUUUCAGCAAAAGCAACGAUUCUGAAGAAGAAUUAAAUUCAUGUCUCGCACAAAGCUCUGAUAAGGAAAAGUAUAAACGCGACAACGAUAAUCAGUACCGUAACGUUGCGAACUAUGUAUUCCGAAGUAAGAGAUAUGCUGCGAAGGAAGACAAACGCUGGCCUAGGAAAAUUAUACAUUACAACAUAUCAGAAUUUGAUCACAAAGGUCGUGAAAACAUUUUAGAAGCAAUGAGGGUUUGGAGCAAGUACACAUGCUUGAAAUUCACGGAGCGAGCGCACGAGUUCGAUUACAUUAACAUCGUUCCAUCGGAUGAGUGUUAUUCCAGUGUUGGAUGCAGGCGUGGUCCUCAAUUCAUAAGCCUGAACAAUAACAGCUGUAUGGAUAUCCCUAUCAUCCUGCACGAGCUGGGUCACGCAAUUGGCCUGUACCACGAACACUCACGGCCAGACAGAGAUAAAUUUGUGUUUGUGCAUUACAAUAAUAUAACCAAGAAUAUGUCGCAUGAAUUCGACAAGAUUGAUCCUAGAGAGUAUGUUAAUUUUAACAAACCGUAUGACUACCGCAGCAUCAUGCAUUACAGCAAAAGAGCUUUUGCAGCCAACCCCAACGGUAUUACGCUGGAGACUAUAGAUGAGGAUUAUGCCGAUAUAAUUGGAAAGGCAACGGUUCUCAGUUUUUAUGAUGUAAUGCUCGUCAACGCCAUGUACAACUGUUCCGAGGACUGCACAAAUAAAACCUGUCCGGACAAAGGGUUUCUUACAGAAUCGUGUGACUGUUACUGUCCGAGUAAUUCUACAAGUGAAACAUGGACAAAAUGUCCAGGCGUCAGUCUUUCCAUUCCAAAGUCAAAGGCUGGUAAUGAAGCCUCCAUUCCGUUGCCGCUUGUUACGCCUCAGUUACGAAUAAUCCGGUCACCGGCUGAUGUGUCCGAUCUUCAGGCAUCAGGAAGACUGGACACGUCGGAGCCGUUCGCCCUCGGAUGA